AUGCAGACUGACCUGCAUGGGUCAAAAGACCCUGCAGGAAUAUUUGAACUGGUGCAAGUUGUUGGAAAUGGGACAUAUGGACAAGUCUAUAAGGGUCGCCAUGUUAAGACUGGGCAGCUGGCAGCAAUCAAAGUGAUGAAUGUUACUGAGAAUGAAGAGGAGGAAAUCAAGCUGGAGAUAAAUAUGUUAAAAAAGUACUCCCAUCACCGGAAUAUUGCUACAUAUUAUGGGGCUUUUGUAAAGAAAAGUCCUGCAGGCCAGGAUGAUCAGCUCUGGCUGGUGAUGGAGUACUGCGGUGCGGGCUCUGUCACUGACUUGGUAAAGAAGACAAAAGGGAACUGUUUCAAGGAAGACUGGAUUGCUUACAUCUGCAGAGAGGUUCUCAGGGGAUUGGCUCAUCUUCAUGCUCAUCAUGUCAUCCAUCGAGAUAUUAAAGGACAGAAUGUUCUUCUUACAGAAAAUGCAGAAGUAAAAUUGGUGGAUUUUGGUGUAAGUGCUCAGCUGGACAGGACUAUUGGGAGAAGAAACACAUUUAUUGGCACCCCAUAUUGGAUGGCACCCGAGGUCAUUGCAUGUGAGGAGAACCCAGACUCUACAUAUGAUUACAGAAGUGACCUGUGGUCUCUGGGAAUCACUGCUAUUGAAAUGGCUGAAGGAGCACCUCCCCUGUGUGACAUGCAUCCCAUGAGAGCACUCUUCCUCAUCCCAAGGAACCCACCUCCAAAGUUGAAAUCCAGAAAAUGGUCAAAGAAGUUCCUAAAUUUUGUUGAAAGCUGCCUUGUAAAGCAUUAUUUGCAUCGCCCAUCCACGGAGACCCUGCUGAAGCAUUCCUUCAUCCGAGACAUGCAGAACGAGCGGCAAGUGCGCAUCAUGCUGAAGGAUCACCUGGACAGGACAAGGAAGAAAAAAGGAGAAAAGGAAGAAACAGACUAUGAUUACAGUGGAAGUGAGGAGGAAGAUGAUGAGCUGAAUGAAGAUGAAGGAGAACCAAGCUCCAUCGUUAAUCUCCCAGGGGAGUCAACUCUCCGCCGUGAAUUUCUGAGGCUGCAGCAGGAGAACAAAACCCGUUCGGACCCUCAUCGGCAGCAGCAGCAGCUGAAGGACCAGGAGAAGUACAAGAAACAGCUGCUGGCAGAGCGGCAGAAGCGCAUCGAGCAGCAGAAGGAGCAGAGGAGGAGGCUGGAGGAUCACCAGAAGAGAGAGCAGGAGCUACGAAGGCAACAGGAGUGUGAGCAGAGGUGGCCAGAGGCAAAGGUCAGUCAGAGGAAAGAGGAAAGGGGUAAAGAAGACAAAAGGGCUGUGGAAGAUGAAUACUUCAUAGUAGAUGGACAGAGGAAAUUAGAGAAGAAGCAGAAGAUGGAAGAUGUGCAGCACAACAGGAAGAUGCACCGAACUCUCCCCAAAGAUCAGACACAGCUGCUGUCUCUCCAGCAUGAUCACAGGCAGAAGAAGAAGGAGCCUUCCAAGACUUCAAAUGCAGGAGUGCAUCCUCCAUCAAGCAGCACAAGCAAAGAGGCCGAGGACCAAAGAGGAGCAAAGAAGAGUGACAGCAUCCAUCCCUCCCUGCAGUGGCCAGUGGCGCUGGGACACGAGGCCUCCCCACAGCCCAGGAUGGGAUCCGGGAGCAGCUCCAGCCCCUGCACCCCCGCACCACAGAGAGCCCUGGUAGUGCAGUGCGACAGUUUCCGGGCUAGUAAGGAUGUGUACCACAGCAGCUCUCUGUCAGACAUGGUGACAGCACCGCUCAGCCCCGGCCAGGACGACGUGUUCUGGAGCGUGAGCCACAGCAAAGAGCAGCCCCCAAAGGUGGGUAAAACCCAGGGUGUUUGGCACUCUUGGGGAUUGAUUGCACUGUGCUGUGUAGUAUCCACCCUCUGCACUUCAUGAAACUGAAAAUCUCAUUGCUUUUAUAUGAACUGGGUCACACUAAUCUAGAAAAAGGGAUGCAAAUUUGCAGGCAGGUUGGUGUUGUGGCUUUGUGUCUAUGUCGUGGUUUGACACUGGCCAUAAGCCAGGCACCCAUGAAAGCCAAUCUCUCACCUUCUUUUGCUCUUAGCUGGGCAGAGGAGAGGGGGAAGAAAAUUAAUGAACGAUCACGAGUUGAGAUGAGGACUGGGAGAAAAACAUUCUAAGGGCAAAACAGGUUCAAAUUUAAAGGUAUAAAGUAAAUUUAUU